UGACCCUGCCUAUCAUCCAGGACAGGUAUCCCAGUGUUAGGGUGAUCUGGCCUGGCUGCAUGAGACCCUGCGAGAUUCGCUGACACUGCGUGUGUGCUAGGCUUUCCAGUGAGCUCGUCCCUGUGGCCAUGCUGGGGUCAGAUGCACAACAGCGGCUCUGUGUCUUGGUGCUGACCAUGGGCGUGCUAAGCACUGUCCUCCUGCUGCGCCGCAGAGCCUGGAGGAAAGGUCUGGAAGCCAAGGCUGCCCGGGCCAGGGGCCUGUUGGAGCAACAGCUGUGCCAGGCCAAGGCUGCAGUGCAGACCUUCUGGCAAAAGCACCCCAAUAUCGGUGCUGAGUCUGUCGUCUCCCUGUCCCUGCUGGAGCUGACACAGAAGCUUCAGAAGGGGGCCCUAAGCCCGGAGCUUGUGGUAUACAGCUACAUGGAGCAGGUCCUGCAGGCACAGAAAGAGCUGAAUUGCCUCACUGGCCUCAUGCCUGGCUGGGAACAGCAGUUGCAGGAACUGCAGCAGCGGCCGCACCGUGGACCCCUGCAUGGCAUCCCCGUCAGCCUCAAGGACAGCUACCAGUGCCAGGGCCAAGUAUCUAGCUGCGGCACAUUCACCUUGCUGGACAGUCCUGCCAUGGAGGACAGUGUGAUAGUGAAGGUGCUGAAGAGCCAAGGGGCUGUGGUGUUCGCCAAGACCAAUAUCCCGCAGGCCAUGAUGAGCUACAACAGUGACAACCCUAUCUUCGGAAAUACUCUGAACCCCCAGAACCACAAGAGAAGCCCCGGGGGCUCAUCCAGUGGAGAGGCUGCGCUGAUCGCCACAGGGGCUUCCAUCCUAGGCAUGGGCACGGACCUGGGUGGCAGCAUCCGCUUGCCUGCCAGCUUCUGCGGGAUCUGUGGCUUCAAGACUACGAGUGCCCGGCUAAGGUGACAGGGAUCCUCUGAGGGACUCUUAGGGUCUUACUCAGGAUUUCUCUCAAGGUCUUUCUCAGGGUCUUUCUCAGGAUCCUCUCAGGAUCU